AUGUGUUGGAUAGCAAACCACAACUGUUCUGUACUGAAGCUGCUGGGAAUCUAUUUUAUUUUGCCUUUCCUAGAUCACGCGGUCACGGUGGAUAUGCGAACAAUAUCAUUUGAUAUAGCUCCCCAAGAGAUUCUCACAAAAGAUUCAGUGACGAUCAUGGUGGACGGCGUCGUUUAUUACCGGGUUUGGAAUGCGAUUCUUUCCGUCGCAAACGUGCUCUACAUGGACCCGGCCACUCGGCUCCUGGCUCAAACCACCUUGCGGAACGUCUUGGGAACCAAGGACCUGGCUCAGAUUCUCUCCGACCGAGAGGAGAUUGCCCAAAGCAUGCAGAUCACCCUGGACAAGGCCACAGAUGACUGGGGCAUCAAGGUGGAGCUUGUGGAGAUCAAGGAUGUGAAGUUACCCCAGCAGCUUCACAGGGCCAUGGCGGCAGAAGCAGAGGCCUCUCGAGAUGCCAGGGCUAAGGUGAUCGCAGCGGAGGGCGAAAUGAACGCCUCAAAGGCUCUGCAAAAGGCCGCCGCCAUCAUCUGCGAGAACCCCGCCGCCCUCCAGCUCCGCUACCUGCAAACGCUGACCACCAUCGCCGCUGAGAAGAAUUCCACCAUCAUCUUCCCUGUCCCGUUGGACAUCCUGCACGGUUUGAUCUCCCCAAAGCAGGAGCCGCGAUGA